AUGAUUGGUUGCUUCGAAUUUUUAAAGCUAUUACUAAAUGAUAUGAGCUGGAUUGCCUGAUCAUUGUGUAGAAAUAGCCAACAUUUCAAUCAGACAAGAUAUAAUAUUUAUAAAGCAUGAACACUCAUAUAUUUAUACGUCAAAUUACUUUCCUCAUUAUUUGUAUUUUCCACAAUGAAUGCGCAGUUUUAGAUACAAGUUCAAUCAGAGAUGAAAUAGUAGAAACAUUAUUUGCCAAUUACCAGAGUCAUGUUCGGCCUGGAGAACUAAUUCGUAAUGCAACAGUGGUCACAGUUUAUAUAUCUGUAUCUGCUAUAACAUCUGUAGAUGUGCGUAAUAUGGAAUACACUAUUGAUAUGCUACUUCGUCAAGCAUGGUAUGAUCCCAGGUUAGCAUGGGACCGAAUCGACAAAUUUAAACAUUAUACUAAAAACAUUGUUUCACCAGUUUUUAAAGAAAAAAUUUGGUUGCCAGAUUUGUUCUUUCGAAAUGGAAAAGAAGGUAGAUUGCAUAAAAUGACUUGUGAGAACUUGUUAAUUCGCAUACAACCCAACGGUGAAAUACUAUAUAGUCAAAAGAUUACUAUGCGUAUGGCUUGUCAAAUGGAAUUACGGACAUUCCCAAUGGAUACUCAGGAGUGUGAUAUGAAUAUUGGUAGCUACGGAUAUACACUAGAACAAGUGAGUUUCGUGUGGAGAAACGUGUCACCUGUAACUUUGCCAGAAAAUUUACAAAUAUCAGAAUUCGACCCACCAGAAGUGGUGAGAGCAUAUGACUGCACAAGUGGGUAUUCUACAUCAACUGGGCAAUACACAUGUUUGAAUGCAACAUUUACACUACAACGUCAGUUGGGCUAUUGGCUGGCAAGCACUUACAUACCUAAUAUUCUCAUAAUGGUUGUUUCAUGGCUAAACUUCUGGGUUAGCUUGGAUGCAAUUCCAGCAAGAGUUAACUUGAGUUUGCUUACACUUCUUGGUGUGAUAACUCAGUCGACUAGCUAUGCAAGUUCCCUUCCCAGAGUAUCGUAUAUCAAAGCUAUUGAUAUUUGGACAAUUGCAUGUAUAACUUUUAAUUCUGGCGUUUUACUCGAAUUCGCAAUAGCUUCUCAUCUUGCACGACGUCAGAAAGUUUCUGAAUGGCAGGUGGAAGUUAGAAAGUUAGUUAGACGGGAGCUAGCAAGGUGGUGCUCAGCUUGUCAAAUUCAGUAUGCACAGAGAGGACCAUCUGCACUCUCAGCUUACUCAGCUUCGAGUAGAUCAAAUGAUAAAGUCGCUGACUACAUAAAUUCAGUAUCCACUGCUGCAUUUGCCAUUCAAAAUAGCCCCAUACUCGAAAGAACAAGCCCUCAAAUGUCUGUUCGUUUAACGAAGUCAGGUUUAAUGUCAUCCGCAAGUAUGAAGUCAGAAAGAUCAGAAAAAGUUUCCCGAGGCACAUUUUACGAAUUAGUUGCUAAUGACUCGGCGCUUUCUGCUUUAGAUACAACACAAAAAGACGCCCUUCUUCCAUCAAGUGAACCGCCACGAAUCAAGAAAACAGCAUCUAUGUCUAAAAUCGACAGUUAUAGUCGGUUUCUUUUCCCGGCAUGCUUCCUACUGUAUAACUGCUUUUAUUGGUUGUAUUAUUUGGUGAUUGUUAAGCAAAAAUAACAAUGAAACGAAGGUAACAUAAUACUAUUAUCAAUGAAUAUUAUCUCCGAAGUUAUUCCAGACCUCAUCACUGAUUGAUUAGGUAUUUUGAUAUGUUGAUAAAAGUGAUGAAUUUGAUUGAAUCCCUGAACAAACGCAUCGCUCAACUAUUAGCAUACUUAGGCAAUAAAAGAAAGGUAGCCUAGAAUUUUCAUUUUCAAAGUUCCACUCAAUGUUAAUCUGCAUGGAGUUUCCUUAACAUAGAAGGAUUGAUUUAUAAACAAUAUACAUUAUUAUGAGACAUUUAUUUAUCAUUGUGUUUAAUUUCCAAUGCCAUGAACUAUUAGAUUAUUCUUGUAUUUUCUAUAGUAGCUGUGAUAACAGUAGUAUGGAUAAUAAUAAUAAUAACACGGAAGUGUGCACAGUACUUGUUGGUUUAUUUGCCCUUGAUUGGUUUUUCUCACCCUAUUUUUAGUUUACAUUUCCUUUUCAAUAACUAUUCAAAAUAUUUUAUUAAACUCAGUAGUAUCGUGUGUGGUGUUUAUGGUCACUACCUUUUAUCAAAUCAUCAAUCUAUUCUCCUUUCAUAAUCAUUUCAUCAUUAGCUAGAUGAGUAUUCUUUUAAAGCCAAAUGCAAAUGUCACUUGAUACUAGGGUGCUUACGCAUUCGAACAAACUUUGAGCUACUUAAGUCGUCUGAGAAGUGUUGUUUCGUUUGCAAUUAUAAAUUACCAGUGUAAACUCUAUAUUUUAUUACUUAGUCACCUGGUGUAUCAUAGUGACAAACAUGCAGAACAACCAUCAAUAUAAUAUGCACAUUUU